CGGGAAUUUAAAUAUACAUCAAAGGCACAAUUCACAAUAUACAAUAGUGUGGAUUGUGAUCAUAGGGAACAAGUUAAAUCAAAACAAAAUUGUAUAUUUCAAAUCAAGUCUGAAUAAAAAAAUACCAAUCUGCAUUUGACAUAUUUUUAGUUGUUACUUAUGUUUUUCAACUUAAAACUUUUUUAUAUCUUGUACUUUGUACGUUUUUUGGUAAAUUUAUAUUUUUUCCAAAAGGAAUUUAUUUUUUCAAGUAAGUGGAGGGAAAAAGCUUACUGAAAGGCGGCAACACUGCGACGUUGUUAUUAGGCAAAUGGACGAGUGCGUUGUUCGGCUGUUUUUAGAAGAGGCGCCAUUGUUGUUCAAUAAAAUACGAAGAAAUAGCCAAGUUAACGCGUUUGUGGAUUAUUUUAACGAAUUUAACGAUUACGGAGAACUUUAUGAAGAUAUAAGGAGGAGUGACAAGCAAAGGAAGUGUGGAAUCUUGGAAAUAAGUGCUAAAAGUGGUGUAAUGUUUGUAGUUAAUUACAGUUGUUAGUGACAUGAAAGACUUUGUUAGAAACACUGGAUGAAUGGGAUUGCGCACAGCCUCGGUGAGGCGUCCCCAUGUGGCCCCAGUCAUGGCCCCAGCUCUGACCGAUACACAAUCUCCAACUUUUAAAUUACCCCCGAAACCAGCAUCUCCAAUAAACAGUUACGAGACAAACAAAUACGUAUCUAAUGCAAAGGACUCUUUUCACAAAGGUAGUAAUCCCUACAAUAUUAAUUCUGAUGAACUAGAUACUCUUGAAACACUGCUGAAUAAUAAGUGCUUGACCAAUUUAAGUGGUGCCUCGGACAACUCUUUAAAUAUAAUGAAUAAUAGCCCACCACUUAUGGGUGACCAAGGAGAUAAAAUGGGCCUUCAAAAAACUGCUUUGGACUCUGUUUCCAACAUGCAAAAAUCAGUUAAAAGUGCUAAUGAUGUGGAACAGUUAUUUAACAAUCUUACCUCGGUGUUGCCUGGAGGAGAUUUGGGACAAGAAUUGAUGCAAGUCAUUAAAUCUAUGGAGACUCCAAAUGAUUUGAAUAAUGAAAGCGAUGAAGUUUUUCCUCUAACAUCUUUUGAAAAGGAGUUGUUAAAUGAUGUUGAUGUGAUGAAUAUGUCCAUGGACCAACAAGAUGAAAUGGAGGAUUUAAAGGAAACUCAAGCAAAGGAUUUCCUUCAGAAUCUACAAAACAAACAAGCAAAAUAUGAAAGACGCUUAGAUUUCCUUAAAAGGAGGGUUUGCAAGCUACAAGCCCGAUUUAUGGGCCAGCAUAUAAGUGGAGAAAUUGGCGGGGUUUACGAAUUAGUGCACAGACAAAUAAAGAAAGCCAAGGAAAUGCAGGAAAACUCCCUGACCAACAAUGUUUUACCAACACCCAGUGAAUCGUUUAGUGCUGAAAAAGAAAAACCUAAACCCCUACCAUACGGAGCCACCAAAUCCUUAGUAAAAAAACUGGAAAUGACAACAUUACUACAAGCAAACUCUGCCUCAAGACAAAGACAUGUUGCCAAGUACUUUGGAUCUGGGUCUAUGGAGCCCAGUGUUUACCGUAGCAGUGCAACAAGCAUGGUUAAUAUACCAGCUUGGCCUCUGGAGUCGAAAAACGAACUGCAAAAAGUGACGGGGCUCUUGAAAACCGAGCUGGAAUUAGUGCAAAAACAAGUGGACUCUGAAGCGACAGAAAGUAGUUCGGGCGGCGAAAGUUGCGAUGAAAUGCAAACUUACAACAACCCCCAUCAACAAUAUUUAAGCAUACAAAAACGAGCUCUAUGGAAGUACAGCACGGACCGGGCGGCCAUAGCGGCCCGGUGGACGUGGCUGCAGGCGCAAAUCUCGGACCUGGAGUACCGGAUCCGACAGCACACCGACCUGCACAAGCAGAUCCGCACCGGCAAGGGGGCGAUAACGCUGGGCGGCGCGAGCCCGCCGCCGCCGCCGCCGCAUCUGCCGAACGUGCCCGCUUCCCCGACCGCCGUCAACGGGUACCGCGGGCAGCUGCCCGGCAACAGCCCGGACUGCGCGAACGGCGCCGUACUUUCGUCCGGGCUCGAGUAUCAGUGCGCGAGGACUAGACCUUUGGUGAAUUUCAAGAAGAGGAAGCUGCUGCCGACGGCCGGUCUGCACGUUAUAUCGAAAAAGGCGGCCAGGCCCAGCUCGAUGAGGUGCGGGUGUGCUCCGAUGUCUGUGCCUUGUGCUCUGUGCACCGGCCGAACUGACCCGACGCAUCCGAGGAACCCGCCCGAAACUUUGGGCAAGGCGGAAAGGAUCGCGCUGCUCGAUCCCUCCUACCAUCCGGUCUUCUCGUUGCCAGAAGAUGCAUCUCAAAGUAUCCACUUGGAGGCCAUCAUGAAAACGUCGGAAUGGCAGCAGAAGAGCACGCGAAUGAAGACUUUGAAGGUGAUGUCUCGAGCGGAAAAACUCGAAAUGACCUCUUUGGAACAUAGAUCUAAAAAAUUGGAGCACCGAAAGAAAUACGGACGGCUUCUGAAGCCGAGCACCAUGUCUGCGUUAUCUGCCAAGUUGAAAAACAAGAUGAGGGGUCGCAAAGCGUCACGCCACUCUUUGAACCGACUGAGCAGAAAACGGCACACGGCCAAGGUGGCGAUGGCGCAGCUGAACGCGCUGGCUUCGGAGGGCGCGGACGACGAGAUCGAGUCGAUCGGCAACAGCGCGAUGGGAUUGCCGUCGAUGGACUCGCCUUCGUCGUCGCCGUUGCUGCAGAUGCAGUCGAUUUCCGGCUACACGCGGAAAAAUCGCAUCCAUUCGUACGACAUCGACAACAUCGUGAUCCCUUACAGCGUUGCCGCGUCGACGCGCGUCGAGAAGCUCCAGUACAAGGAGAUUUUGACGCCCAAGUGGAGGUUGGCAGAUCCAGAUUUUGGUGUCAAGUCUGAAGUCAAAAACAAUGGAAUAGUUCGUGAUCCUAGUCAAGAUGAGGAUGCGGAAGAUUUGUGCGAAGAAUCGGUGGUGGCGCGGCACGACCGCUGCGAGCACGACGAAAAGAAAAAGUUCCUCAGCUACCUGAAGCUGCCGCUCGGCUACGGGCGGCGCUCGCACAAACGCACCGACAGCCGGGCAGAGUCGUCGGGCGCGAACACGCCCGAUCCGAUGUCGCCGUCGCACGGCGGCGGGCAAGCGGGGCCGAACGCAUCGAACAACAACGAGAACGCGUCGCCGUUGGCAUCGCCGCCCGCGACGCCGCUACCUCCCGCCCUCCUCAAGGAGGAGGAGGCGCCGAUGGCGGCGCAAGCCCAGCUGCCGUCCGUCAGCGUGAUGCGGCGCAGGACGAUGUCGCAGUCGAGGUUCGCCAAAGAUCGGGAGCUGAAGGAGGAGCAGCGGUGCAACACUCCCGAAGAAGUGCCGGUGGAGGUCCAACCGUACGAAACACGCACGUUUCCCCUGAACGAGGACAUCUACGACAAGAUGGUGAAGGUGAUGCCCGACGACCACCACGAAGUAAAGACGAACGCGUGGGCGCAGGACCCGAGCGCCGACGACAGUUUCGGCGCGCCACCCAUUCGCGUCGGUUCGACGGACGAAGGCGGCGGCGCGGAGGGCGCGCGCCCCAUCGACCCCGCCCCCGCUCCCGACGCCUCCUCCCUCUCUUCUUACCUGGACGACAAGAUGGUCGGCUCGCCGGGCAGCGAGUCGACGGAGUCGGCGCUGGGCGACGAGGACCCGAACGAUCCCGAGUGGAUCGACGUCGAGAGGUCGUCGCGCGACCGCCACAAAAGAUAGGCCGCCCCGCCUCCAUUCGGAUUUUAUUUGUGAUGUGACGUGACACUGAAGAGUGUUUGAUCAACUAUAGUUAGUAUUUGACACCAGACUUUUUGUAAUAUUGUGUUAAAGGCUGGUCCAUAAUUGUUUCAACGAAACAACAAUUAGUUUUUUUAUUCUCACAAAGCUUGGGAUUUUGUAUUUGAAAAGUCUGUGAUUGUGGUUACAUAUAAACAUGAAAAAAUAUUUCAAUACCGUUGUUGCUUUUUGGUAUUGUAAUAUGAAAAUAAAUUAAAAGCAAAUGAUACAGAAUUCGCAGGUUUUUGUGUUAUCAAAUAAAUUCACCUGUAUUAAUUUGUGUUGUAAAAUAUCUACAGUUAAGUUAUUCAUUUUUGUAUUGUUUCAAGUUUAUAAAUAAAACUAUUCGUUACAGCAUAUUCAUUCAACUUAGGUUUCAGUAAUGUAUAGCUCAACGACAGUAGUUUAAAAAACAGUGGACAAUAUUUUUUUAAUUGGAUAUUUUAGUUGUGUACCAAGAUAUCACUUGAAGACUGUCAUUUUGGAAUUUACAAGCCAAUUUCCAUAAAAUUAAUCUUUAUUUUAUUUGGUAAUAAAUUUACAUAUCUGACUACAUUUGCUUACAAAUGUUUUAAAUUGAAAAAUACAUUUAACUACCUCAUUUGGUAUCAUUUCAGAAAAAUCAAAACUAAUCCAAAGUCUACUGUUUAUUUUAUGGAUAAUAUUGGACACUAAAACUAAUUUUUAUUGUUUCAAGUUUUAGUAUUUGUCCGAUUUGAAAAUUGCCCAUAAAUGUUGGGUAAAAUUAUUUUAAUAUGCAGAUAGAUGUGUUAUUUGUCUACAGCAUAUGCUAUUAUUCCUUAAAAAUUGUUAAAAUUACUAAAGUACUCUUUAUAAGAGUAACAUGUAUUAUAGAUUUUUAGAAUAUUUUGAUAUAUUAUAUGUAUUAAAAUUAUUUGGUUUUUAGUUAUUAAAAAACUCAUUUAAAAAUUAUCUAUAAAAGUUGUAUGUUGAGAUAUAUUCUACUUGUAAAUUGUAAAAUUGAAAAAAUGAAUACUAUUUAUUUUCAAACGCUUAUGUAGCCAAAAAGUUAAGUUACUGUAGUGGUACAUACAUUUUUAUAUGCAAAUAUGUUUUAAUAAUAAUAAGAUACAAUAAAACAUAACUUACCCA